GUUUUUUUUUAUAUUAUUAAUGAAAUUGAAUUGUGAAGCAUCUGACAGUACAUUUACAGCACUGAGCCGAUAGCGAUAAUCAUAAGAAGUAGUAGUCGGGCAAUCGCCGGCUGGUUAUAGUAGCAUUACAAAACCAUGCAGCAAGCUGCUGAAAUGGCUAUUUAGUUGCCUUUAACGCACAUCAAGCAACGUCGAUUUGAGAAAAAUGAACUUUGCACGCCUUCGACUCGAGAAGCUGAUCUUGAGGAGCCUUCGCCAGCCGCAACGUCACUUUCAGACGCAAUGGCAAGGCCAUCGGUGGAUGACCACAAUCACUAAACCGCCUGCCACAGCAGCAGUUGCAGAGGAAACAGACGCUGCCACAAAGAAGUCCAAAUCAGCCACAAUCCAGGGUCAAGCUCCCAGUGUGAAGCCAAUGCCUUUGGUGGAAGAGCGACUGGAGUCGAUACUGUCGCCCAUUAGGACGCGCAUAAUGCGCAAAAAGCGCCUGGCCACUGACGAGCUGUCUGCCCUAGGAUUCCUCAACACGCGCGGCUAUACCACGGCUGAAGAGUACAAUCUGGAGGCACUGCAGGCGGCCCUCAAGGAGCAAAAUCUUUACGAGACAAAGCGUUUCUUUUCCACGGACAACUUGGAUGUGGAGCAGAACGUGCUGUUCGUGGCGGCCAAGUACCCAACAGGACAGCAGCCGCGCGAGAUAUUCUUCUUUCGCGAGGGGUCCGUUGUGUUCUGGAACUGCAGCGACAUCGAGAUGAACAACGUGCUGAAUUUUCUGCGAUCUUUUGAGCGAGAAUCGUACGUGAGUGCCCUGGUUCACGGGGAGAGCGAAGUGAUGCCCUACACCUAUAUCCCGUCAACGGCCGUCGACGUCGAAGGCGACCUAGUGGCGGAGAGCAGCGACUUCAACGCCACCUCUCGCGCCUUUUUCCAGAAAGGCAAAUUCUUCGUGACGGGCGACAGAGACAGUUUCUUGUACAAGUACACAUUCUCCAAUGCGAUGGCCCAGUCGAUCAAGCUGGGCAUGUGGGAGGCGACGCUGGACCGCUACAUCGACUCGAUUGAGCACUUGACGGAGGACCUUAAGCGUGGCCGACGGCUGCGCAUAUCCCGGGCGGCCAUGCUGCGCAAGACGGGCGAGCUGUUCGCCUUGCGCCACGUGAUCAACCUGUCGUCGGAUCUACUGGACGCUCCCGACUUUUACUGGGACAGGGAAGAACUUGAGGGACUCUAUCUGCAGGUGUGCUCAUACUUUAGCAUUUCGCGCCGCACCAAGGUGAUGAAUGAGAAGAUCAGCCACUGCGUGGAGCUAGCCGAGCUGGUCUCUCACAAUCUCAAUGACGCCCACCACAUCAGACUCGAGUGGAUGAUCAUAAUCCUGAUUAUGGUAGAGGUGGGGUUUGAAAUUUUGCAUUUCAUUAGCGACAAGGGCGACAAGCAGCAAUCCUUGGAAAUUGUGCCCCUUUCCAACCAGUUAGUUCCUAAAUAGCGUUCAUGUUGAUUGAAAUACACAAAUCUGUUGUUUUUUAAUAUCUUAUACGUAUUUAGGCUAAUAUAUAAAUAUGUUAAAUUGAA